AUGUCUUUACAAAGUCUGAUCCAAGUUUCAAAUAAAACCGCAGUGAUUGUUCCUGAGUCUAAGCUUGAGCUUAGCUACUCUCAACUGAACAACAUUGUCUACCAUCUCCAAUCGAUAUUCACAAACUCUGUUUCUCCCCUUACCGAUAAGGGGUCACAGAAGCAAUUAAGGAUCGCAACCUGCCUGCCAAACGGACUUGAGCUGAUUGCUUCAUUUCUUGCUAUUACCACAGCAGGAAACGUCAUCACACCGUUAAACCCAAAGUACACAAGAUCGGAAUUUCUCGGCUAUCUUUCUGACCUGGAAACGGACGCUGUCAUUGUUCCUCGCUACGGUCACUUGAAACCAGACUCAGAAAUUGUUUCUGCUGCCCGUGCAACCCCAACAAAGCCCUUUAUUAUUGAAAUUUGGUAUGAUACAGCACGAUCUUUGCUUCAGUACGAGAUAUUCCAUGCACAAACAUUGGCAUCUAUGUACAAUUCAGUUAUAGAUAAAUCAGGUCUACCUCCUGAGGAAGCAGGAAACCACAUGCCAGGCCUUGCCAGAAACUCGGACAUUGCAUUGAUAUUGUUCACCAGUGGAACUACAGGGAAGGCAAAGAAAGUUCCCUUGACUCAUUCCAAUCUCACUAGUUCAAUGAUGAAUAUCAUUAAAUCGUACAAAUUAAGAAGCCGUGACAGGAAUUAUGUGAUCAUGCCUUUAUUCCACAUCCACGGACUCCAGGUUCUGUUGGCGUCCCUCGCAUCACAAGGCUCUGUUGUCGUCCCAAACAGGUUUUCUGCAUCUAUGUUUUACCCGCAUCUAAGAGAAUGGAAUUUCAGUUGGUACUCGGCUGUCCCAACUAUCCAUAUUAUCCUCUUAAACCGCCGUCUCCCCAAGGAACUCAAAGGAAAGCUACGGUUCAUUAGGUCUUGUUCCUCCUCGUUACCGCCAACCGUCUUCACUGAGCUUGAGUCAAAUUUUGGAUGCCCCGUGGUGGAAGCCUACGGCAUGACCGAAGCAUCACACCAAGUCACCUCAAAUAACAUACCCUUUCACGGUAAAAUAUCUAGAAAAGCUGGUACCGUUGGCAUUCCUCAGGGGUCUGUGGAAGUCAUUAUCAUUGACGAGAGUGAGGCAAUUCUGAACAAGUGUCAAGUUGGGCAAGUAGCAAUAUCCGGACCCAAUGUCACAUUGGGAUAUUUGCAAAAUGAGACUGCAAACAAAGAGUCGUUUUUCAAUUUCCAGGGAAAGCGUUUUUUCAAGACGGGUGAUCUUGGAAUGUUUGAUAAUGAGGGACGAUUAGUCCUCAAGGGCAGAAUAAAAGAGAUUAUCAAUAAAGGUGGAGAGAAAAUCUCACCUGUUGAAAUCGAUUCAGUGGUGAGCUCGCAUGAGAAAGUGAAGGAGUGUGUCUCCUUUGGAUAUCCCGACAAGAAGUAUGGAGAAAAUAUAGGGUGCGGCAUAGUUUGCAAGAACGGGGCCUCGUUGACAGAAACCGAACUGAGAACUUGGCUCCAAGAUAGAUUGGCAAGCUUCAAGCUACCACAAAAAAUCUUUAUUGUUCAGGAAUUGCCCAAAUCUCCAACGGGCAAAAUGAACAGGAGGCUAAUGAGCCAGAUCUUCGGCCUAGAAGCAAAAGUUUAA